GUGGAGUAAUAAACAUUCUGAGAUUUUGCUUUGCUUUUUUGAGCUUUUUUAUGUCUUUGUUGGGUUCCGGUUGAAUAUGCCAAUAUUAUGUAUGGGUUAGUGAGAAACAGCUAAAAUCAUAAAGUAGAAUCCAAAAAAAAAAAGAAAAUGAAAAAUAAAAAUAAAAAUGAAAAAAAUGACAGCCAAAUUCUUUAUAUGGGUAGAGGUAGUGUUGGUUUUUGUUUCUUUUGAUUGAUGGUUUCUCAGAGAUAGGGGAAGGUGUGGUUUUGUCAGAGAGCAAUAUAAUGCUGCUGCUGCCGGGUACACUGCUCAUGAAUCAGUGAAAGGGUGAAAACAGAAGAUGAUUAAACAAAUUCGUAGGAAAGGAAUUUAGGGUUGUUAGGAACUUGAAACUUGUUUUUGCAGAUCAAAAAGGAUUAGAUAAACAAUAUUGUGUCAGUAUCUUGUGGUGGGUGUCUCUGGAAAUGCAUUAGUUUAGUGCUUGUUAAUGUGUCUAGGGCUGACCAUGGACGCCCGAGGUCCAAGAGCAAUUGCAGUCGACCCAGGAAACAAUCUCUUCUUUUGGUAUCUUAUCAUUCAAGAGAAGUCCUUCAAUUUUUAUUUCUCUUGCAGACCCACUCACCAUUUUAGUGAUAUUUCUUUCCUUUACUAAUUAAAUUAUUAAUCUCCUGCAUCGAUUGGUUCAAAAGAUUCGGUCCCAACAAUAUACUAUAUAUCCUUUCACUUGAUCCAUCCUUCUUCUCUUUAAGUUCAGAAAGUUUGGUCACAUUCACAAAACAAACACUAAACACAGCUUGGGUUGGAUUCUUUUGUUUUCAGUUUCUUUUUAACUACUUUGGGUUUCUGUUGGUUUAGUUGGUUGAAGUCGGUUUCUAGUUGGGGUUGUGCAGUUGGCUUUCAGUUGUUUUAAUGAUACAUUGAUAAGUGAGGAAAGGGUUGUGUUGUUAUUCACAAAUAGAGGAAUAGGAGAUAAGUAGAAGUGUAGAAGCCAGAUCUUUUAUCUUGUCAAAAUGAAGUUUAUGAAACUUGGAUCGAAGCCUGAUUCGUUUCAGACGAAUGGAAAUGAUGUCAGAUACGUUGCUGCUGAACUAGCAACUGACAUCAUUAUUAUUGUAGGCGAUGUGAAGUUUUAUCUACACAAGUUUCCUCUGUUGUCCAAGAGCGCUCGAUUACAAAAGCUGGCAUCAGUUGCUAAUGAGGAGAACAAUGCUGAAAUCCACAUCGGAGAUAUUCCCGGUGGAUCUGCUUCUUUUGAGUUAUGUGGAAAGUUCUGUUAUGGAAUGAAAGUUACCUUAAAUGCUUACAAUGUGGUUGCAGCUCGUUGUGCCGCAGAGUAUCUAGAGAUGCACGAAUCUGUUGAGAAAGGAAACUUAGUUUACAAGAUUGAUGUCUUCCUGAACGCCAGCAUUCUGCGAAGCUGGAAAGAUUCAAUAAUCGUUCUGCAAACUACAAGACCUCUACUACCAUGGCCCGAGGAUUUAAAGGUGGUCAGCCGCUGCAUUGAUUCCAUAACUUCUAAUGCUUCAAUUGACCCUUCUAAAGUGGAGUGGUCUUACACUUACAACCGUAAAAAACUUCCAUCAGAAAAUGGGAUUGAACCACAGUGGAAUGGUGUAAAGAAACAACAGGCAGUCCCAAAAGAUUGGUGGGUGGAGGAUUUGUGUGAGCUCGAGAUAGAUUUCUUCAAACGUGCAAUACUAGCAAUAAAAACCAAAGGUAGAGUGUCCAACGAUAUAAUAGGUGAAGCCCUAAAGUCUUAUGCACUGAAGAAGUUACCAAGUUUCAGCAAGGGUUUGGUCCAGGCUAAUGAUCUUCUGAAAUACAAAUCAUUGGUGGACACUAUUGUAUUAUUGUUGCCUAUAGAAAGUGGCAGUGUCCCAUGUACUUUUUUAUUGAAACUGCUAAAAGCUGCUAUCUUGCUUGAUUGUGGAGAAAUCGGGAAGAAACAGUUGGUUAGGAGAAUCGGCCGACAGUUAGAGGAGGCUAUAGUAGCUGACCUUCUUAUUCCUGCUCCUGCUGGAGAAAUAGUUCUAUACGAUGUUGAUGUGAUACAGAGUAUAGUGGAGGAGUUUGUGAUGCAAGAACAAGGAAUAACCAGUGAUAAACCAAUGUCUGAAGAAGAAUUGCUAGAAAUCAGAAGCCCAACAUUUAUCUCAGAUACAUCGAAACAAGCUGUUGCAAAACUAGUUGAUGGGUACCUUGCUGAAGUCUCGAAGGAUCGAAAUCUUCCUUCGUCGAAAUUUGUUGCACUGGCAGAGUCUGUUUCAGGGUUUCCAAGGCCAGUUCAUGACCGACUUUACCGUGCUAUAGACACGUAUCUCAAAGAGCACCCUGCGUUAAGCAAGAGCGAGAGGAAAAAAAUCUGUAGACUGAUGAACUGCAAGAAGCUCUCCGUAGAUGCAUCUAUGCAUGCUGUACAAAAUGAACGGCUUCCAUUGCGAGUAGUUGUACAGGUCCUUUUCUUUGAACAGAUUAGAGCUUCAAAAGCACCUAAUACUGCAGUAAAACCAGAUCUCCCUGGGAAUUUGCGAUCUUUACUUCCCAGAGAAAAUGGGGGUUCACACGGAAGCUCUAGAACUGCAACGACCAACACAGAAGAAGAUUGGGAUUCAGUUCCAACAAUCGAGGAGCUCAAGGUUCUGAAAGGGGAGCUAGCUUCCCUUAAAUUGGGAAGUAGAAGAAGUUUGAAAACUGAUGAGAAAAGUAGAAAUAGUCAUGAAACGGCUGCUGCUGCUAAGGUACAGGGAACACUUGCGACGAAGAAAAUAUUUGCAAAGUUAUGGUCAAGCAAAGGUGGGCAAGAUGAUAGUAGUACUGAUGACACAUCUGGGAGCCCUGGCUCUACCAACAAAGAAGAAGUAAAAUCAACACCUUCAAGGAACAGAAGGUAUUCAGUUUCUUAGUUAAGAGAUAAGAGAAGUGUGUGUGAUUGAUGAGCUUCUUUCUCCCAUUUUCUCUCUCAAUCUCCUUGACAUAUUAGGACUUUUAGAAUUACUGACAAUUUCUUCCAGUUAAAAAAAAUGUAAUGGAAGAAAUUUCUAAUGUGGAGUACUACUAUUACUUGCUUUUAGGAAAUAAACGGCAAAUGUGUAUGGUUUUCAAGUAAAUUUAUCUAGCAAUCAAGUUAAGUUCUCCAACUAAAA